GAAACUACCGCCAUUCUAGUUGUUUCUUUUCGUCAUAUGAAUGCAAUAAUUAUAUUCUAACGUAGUUCGUUUAUGUCGUCUUCUUAUUGGACCAAAAGCUUGUCGAAAUUUAAAACUUCAUACGCCCCUUAUAACAAUCGAACGAAUUAGACAAAAAAUUAGAAUAUAAAUGAAAGCUGACAUAAUUGGACGUAGUUUACGAAUAUGAAUUCGUAUGUAAAAUUGUUGCUUGUAUUACUUUCCUGCUUCAUUUACUUCAUUCCAACCCAAGUAAACGGAUGGACUAAAGUAGAUCCUAACUCGUCGAAUAUCCGAGAUAUGACAAAAUGGGCCAUAUCCAUGAUGAACGACACUUCGGGUUUCGAACUCUAUGAGAUAUGCAGUGCGGAAUAUGUUGUGGAGUUUGGAACAUAUUACAGAAUAUUUUUCUUAUUUCAAAAUCAACGAGUAAAGAGUUACAAAGUGUUUUGCAAAAUAGCUAUAUAUUUUGAAUCGGAGACAAAUAGAAGAGAAUUGAAGGGCAGAUUCUGCGAACCUCAAGACACCUGCGAAGAGGAGGAAUGAAUUGCUUUUGAUAGUGUCAUAAUUCGCAAAAUAUCAGAAAAUUACUUUAUGUAUUUGGAUUGUAAUAAAUAUUUUAUUAAAAUAUUUAUAUCCAAAACAAAUUGGAAACAACGAAAUUCGAAAUUUAUGUAAACUUUUGUUUAAAAAAAAUUUUCAGUCAAUUUGCAUAAAUAAAAUCUGGCGACAAUAUCGAAAUGUAAUACGAAAACCUGACAUGACUAUACUUUUACUAACAUAUAAAGAAUGUUGCAGAUGAAUUUUAAUUGUAUUCGGAACCCUCUUAAAGCAUUCAAAAUACUUUAGUUGAUAAAGUAG